GUAAAUGGUAAACUUCUUUCGUUUCAGUUCAAAACAGUCGUCAUCAUACCAGCACUUGGUGUUCAAUCAUCGCCUAUGAUUUUUGAUAAAAAAGAAACAAAAAGGGUGAUUGGUGAAGAAUGCGGUAACAAGCCAUGGUUAAUUCAAACUUAUAAAUGGGAAAAUAAUGACUGGCAUCCGGCAGAAAACAACACCGCAAAAUAUCAAGGCAAUGGAUGGAUAAGGUUCAUCGUGGGAGAUGACUUAAAGCCGACUCCGAUGGACAGAUAUGGCAUUGCAUGCUUCGAAGGACGUUGUUAA